GUUCCCACCUGUAGAGUGACCAGGAGUCAAAACAAAAAUCUUCUGGAAAGUCCUCUUGAUUUUUUAAAGCAAGCUAACCAGCUAAAGCACGUAGCCCCCGACAACGUCAGCAGAGGUGUUUCCAAGUGAUAUCCAUGACAGUUUAAAUAGCUUCAAAGUAAAUCCGUGCGAUUCAUUUCAUUAUGGAGUUCUCUCAAAAGUUCCGCUCUUUCUAUAACUUGUUUUGGUCCGUUUUCGUGGCAUAGCUGGGAAGCUAACGCUGUCUAGUAAUAUCUAGCUAGCUAGCUAGCUUAGCUUAGCACUCCCCAACAAAACAGCCCAGCCUCCUCUGAGCCUCGUCGGACGGCAGAAGUCUGUAACUUUACUCGCAGGUUUCUUUGGCAGCAACACCCCCAACAUGUCUAUCCUAGGGUUAAAGAAGAAACAGCCAAAGACUUUUAAAGUCAAAGUCAUCACUAUGGAUGCUGAAAUGGAGUUCAGCUGUGAGGUGAAGUGGAAAGGUAAAGACCUGUUUGACCUGGUGUGUCGCACUGUUGGUUUGAGGGAGACUUGGUUUUUUGGACUCAGGUACACAGUAAAGGACACCUACGCCUGGCUGAAACCAGAGAAACGGGUCUUGGACCAAGAGGUUCCAAAGGACUCUCCCAUAACAUUUCAUUUCCUGGCGAAAUUCUUCCCAGAGAAAGUAGAAGAAGAGCUGGUUCAAGAGAUAACUCAGCACCUCUUCUUCUUACAGGUGAAAAAACAGAUAUUAGAUGAAGAGAUAUUCUGUUCCCCUGAAGCAUCUGUCCUGUUGGCAUCGUACGCUGUCCAGGCCAAGUAUGGGGACUAUGACCCAAACUUUCACAAGCCGGGCUUCCUGGCACAAGACGAGCUUUUGCCAAAAAGAGUUUUGAUGCAGUACCAAAUGACAGCUGACAUGUGGGAGGAGAAGAUCACAGCUUGGUAUGCAGAACACAGAGGCAUCGCCAGGGAUGAGGCUGAGAUGGAAUACCUAAAAAUCGCUCAGGACCUUGAGAUGUACGGUGUCAGCUACUUUGCCAUAACUCAAAAUAAGAGGGACACAGACCUCUUACUGGGAGUGGAUGCUCAGGGUCUUCACAUCUACAGCCCUAACAGCAAACUCAACCCUAACAAAUCCUUUCCUUGGAGUGGCAUCCGCAACAUCUCUUACAGCGAAAAGGAGUUCACAAUCAAACCCCUGGAUAAGAAGAAAGAUGUUUUCAAGUUCUACUCGUCUCAGCUGCGUGUCAACAAACUGAUCCUGCAGUUGUGCAUCGGUAACCAUGAUCUAUUCAUGAGGCGGAGGAAGGUGGACUCCAUUGAAGUGCAACAGAUGAAGGCUCAAGCAAAAGAGGAGAAGGCCCGCAAGAAGAUGGAGCGUCAAAUCCUGGCACGGGAAAAACAGAUGAGAGAGGAAGCAGAACGGGCAAAAGAGGAGAUGGAACGUAGACUUUUCCAGCUGCAGGACGAGGCACGACUGGCCAACGAGGCUCUGCUGCGAUCUGAGGAGACAGCGGACCUGCUGGCAGAGAAGGCCCAAAUUGCUGAGGAGGAGGCCAAGCUGUUGGCCCACAAGGCUGCAGAAGCGGAGCAGGACAGGCAGAGGUUAGAGGUCACCGCCAUGAAGACCAAGGAGGAGAAAAGACUGAUGGAGCAGAAGAUGAGGGAGGCAGAGCAGCUGGCUGUCAAACUGGUGGAGCAGUCAGAAAGGAGGUUGAAGGAGGCAGAUCAUCUGAAACAGGACCUGACUGAGGCAAAAGACGCUGAGCGGAGAGCCAAACAGAAGCUGCUGGAGAUCACCAAAACAACAUACCCUCUCAUAGCAGCCUACUCUACUCCUGCUCCCCCCGCUCCUCCUGAAGCAGCCGACUUUGCCUAUGAAUCGGCGUCGACGCGCCUCGACUUCAAGGACUCUGACAUGAAGAGGCUGUCCAUGGAGAUCGAGAGAGAGAGGCUGGAGUACAUGGAGAAGAGUAAACACCUGCAGGACCAGCUGAAGGAACUGAAGACAGAAAUCGAGUCUCUGAAGCUGGAGGAGCAGCAGCAACAGGCUGGCCUCUACAGCCUCCGCAAUGAGGCAAGGGGAUACAUCCAGGAGCCUGUCUACAUACCUCACAGCAACCGAAACUCUGCGUACAUGUCUCAGAUGGCCUUCUUUGAAGAAGUGUGAUCCUGCGAGAUGAGGAAGGAGGGCACCGGCUGUUGUGACUCAGUGCUUUCUCCAAAUGUUGGGUUAAUUUUUUUUACCUGGCUGAAACUAACAAACAGACACUCACAUACACCACGACUGUGUGCUUUGGAAAGACUUUAAAUCAAUCCUCGACAACAAACAGCCACUUUGGGCUCCCUGCACAGGUUGUUACGCUAGAUUGUACCACCUGCUACACUACAGCGCCUUCCACAUUUCUUUUUAUAUAUAAUGAACACAUUGUGUGUGUAUCUAACACAGAUGCAGGACAUGGUGCUGAAAAUGGAUGUAUGAUGGAGUUGCUGAUGUUUUUUUGUGUGUGUGUGGUUUUAAGGGAUACUUAGCUGUAAGGUGGUCUGAUUUAAGGUCAUAACUUAAUCACAAGUUAUAAAUGAGUGCCUUGACAACUUUUUGGGACAGGGAUCAGGGUUAAAAUUUAUCAAAAACUGGCUUAAGGCAAGGUUCCUGCUUUGCAUGUAAUUAGGUAAAUUAUCUUAUUCAGGCUGGGGAAUUUCUGAAAAGUUAAACAUAUCAGUAUAGAUUUUGUAGACAUGGUCAUUUUCUUUCAAACCAGCAAAGUGCCUCUCAAACUUUUGAAAACAGAACGUCAAAGAAACCCAAAUGCUCAAAUUUCUGAUUAUACUUUGACCAAACUAUCGUAGCUUUGAACGCUAAAAUUCCACUAAGACAACUCUUGAUCAGUGAUAUGUAAUAUGAGGAUUAACAUUGUGAUCUUGUGCAUAAAACUAAUUUAUAAAAGUAGUAAUUGCAACUUACAGAAAAGUCCAAAUUUGACAAGCAGACGUGUGCAGGGACAGUGUCUAGAUGUGACACUCCAUAAAAAAAUGCAGUGUUUAAUCUUUGUUUUGGUCUUUUGCUUGUGUUUGUUUGCUGUUUCUGUUACUUGGUUCAUGAACUGCCUUCACUGAUAACAGCAGUCUGGUGCCUUCAUCGUCCCUAGUGCCUCAUGGUGGUAGUUAAUAGAAAUGUAGAAUACAGUUACAAGCUUGAGCUCUGCCAUUUCAAAUUUUUAUAUUUUGUACGCUAGACUGUUGAUGUGCCUUGAACUUUAUUUUUUACUAUUGCGAUCUGAGUUGCUAAGGUUUUAUUUGGUAUCAUUGUGCUCAUGUGUCUUAGCAGUAGUUUGGGGUCAUACCCUGACCUAUUUACAGAGUAGCAGACUGAUGGCUUUCCUGCUUCCUUUUUUGUGUUUUCUCUGCUCAUGUACUUCUCAGGGUUAGUGUUGGAGACAAUCACUGCAGGUAGACUCUUUUGUUCUUCCCCUGAGAUAAACAGUAUCUUUUAAUGUUUACCUUUUUGAACAGGCUAUUUUCAAUUAACUUAGUCCAGUAGUAUUUCACAGAGUUUUUGACAGCAGUGUGUGUGCUGCAUUUCACAGAUAAAAAGGUGGGUAAUCUGAGUAAACCUUUAAUCGACUACGGUCCUCAUUACAUUGUUAAAAAGGGAGAGGCUGGAUGCCAAAUAUACAGCCGGAGAUUCUGCAUGUUUGUUUAUUUGGACCGGCCUGUGACAAACAAUUAUUGCCCUCAUGAUUGGGUUAUAAAUGAGAAAUGCUCACCUUAGUCUUUUCUAAAUGAUAUUGUGUCAAAUGGCCCAGUGGAAGUGUUUUUUUUUUUUUUUUUUUCAUCAACACAUUGCUUAAGUGCUUCGAUUUGCAUCUUUAACUUUAUUUAUUUGUGCUAUAAAUCCUUAAAUAACAUCACCACGUCUGUUUUCUUGAGCUCUGUCAUUGUGUGGGAAUUUCAUGUUCGUUUUGUUUUUCAGAAAUGGGAUUUUCCUGCCAAAUUCGAGUCCAGUGUAAACAGUGAUUUUCACUCAAAACAUGAUUGUACAUUAGGGGAUGCCUUGGGUUUACAUUGAAGUGACAAAAAUUUCACAUCGAAGUUGUGUCAAUGAUUUAUUUGAUUUAUCAAGUUAUAUCAGUUCAUUACAACACUGUUUGUGCAGAUGUAAAUGAGCUGUCUCACAGAUGAUUUAUUUUUUGCUUCCUCAUGUCAAUAAAACCAGUCGUCUUAACUACA